AUGUCGCAAACUUCUUCGUCUCAGAAUUCUCGUAUGCUGAUGUUGAGUCCUGGAACAGAGGGCGAGGUCACCGCUCCUCCGACUGAGGGCGCUGCCCCUACCGGCGUUGAAUCGACCACCGGAAAGGUGAAGAGUGAGAAAGAAUUGGAGCGGGAACGACGUAAGGCCGAGAAACAGAAGAAGUUUGCAGAGAAACAGGCCAAAGCGGCUGCGGCAAAACAGGCACAGCCCAAGUCCUCGGAGAAGAAGCCGAAAGUCGAGAAAGAAAAGACCACCGAUGCCUACGAUCCCAAGACCAUCGAAUCCGGUCGGUACGAAUGGUGGGAGGAGCGCGGCUUCUUCAAGCCCCAGUUUGACGAGAACGGCAAUGUCAAGAAAGAGGGUGCGUUCGUUAUGGUCUGCCCGCCGCCCAACGUGACUGGUUCUCUACACAUGGGUCACGCCCUGAUGCAGGCGCUGCAAGACACUAUGAUCCGUUGGCAAAGGAUGAAAGGCAAGACCACGCUGUGGCUUCCUGGAACGGACCACGCUGGUAUUUCGACGCAGAGCGUGGUUGAGAAGAUGUUGUGGCGAACUGAGAAGAAGACUAGGCAUGACCUCGGAAGACCGGCGUUCACUGAGAAGGUCUGGCAGUGGAAGGAUCAGUAUCACGCAAGCAUCAAGAAUGCGCUGAGGAGAAUGGGUGGUUCGUUCGACUGGACUCGUGAGGCCUUCACGAUGAACCCCAACUUCUCUGAAGCCGUGACGGAAACGUUCGUCCGACUGCACGAGGAGGGGAUCAUUUACCGGGCUAACCGUCUUGUCAACUGGUGUGUGGCUUUGAACACGUCCCUGUCGAAUCUUGAAGUCGAGAACAAGGAAGUUGAAGGACGUACUCUGCUGGAUGUGCCUGGAUACGACAAAAAGAUCGAGUUCGGUGUAAUCACUCAUUUCUGCUAUGAGAUCGACGGCAGCAAUGAGAGGAUAGAGAUCGCCACCACCCGUCCGGAGACGAUGCUGGGAGACAGUGGUAUCGCUGUCCACCCCAACGAUAAGCGUUACCAGCACCUGAUCGGCAAGAAGGCCCGGCAUCCUUUCUUGGAUCGUCUUCUCCCCAUCAUUGCUGAUGACAAAGUUGAUCCUGAGUUCGGUACUGGUGCUGUAAAGAUCACGCCCGCGCACGACUUCAACGACUUUGUCCGUGGCAAAGAGCACAAUCUUGAAUUCAUCUCAAUUAUGAAUGAUGAUGGAACUUUCAAUGAAAACGCAGGCCCCUUUGCCGGUAUGAAACGAUUCGAUGCGCGUUACAAGGUGAUCGAGGCAUUGAAAGAAAAGGGCCUCUACGUCAAAUGGGAGCAUAAUCCUAUGAAAAUCCCGCGUUGCGCCAAAUCCAAUGACAUCAUUGAGCCGAUUAUGAAGCCCCAAUGGUGGAUGAAGAUGGAGAGUCUCGCUGAGCCCGCUAUCAAGGCGGUUGAGAAUGGUGAAAUUAUCAUCCGGCCUGAAUCGGCUGAAAAGAGCUACUUCCGCUGGAUGAGAAACAUCACCGACUGGUGUUUGUCCCGACAACUGUGGUGGGGCCAUCAGGUCCCCGCUUACUUCAUCCAGCUUGAGGGACAAAAAGGCGAUGAUAGCGACGGCAACUUGUGGGUGACGGGUCGCAAUGAGGAAGAAGCUUACAAGAAGGCUGCAGCGAAGUUCCCGGGACAGAAGUUCACACUGAGACGGGACGAGGAUGUGCUGGACACCUGGUUUUCGUCUGGUCUGUGGCCUUUCGCCACUUUGGGAUGGCCCCAUAAGACCCCGGACCUGGAGAAGCUUUACCCAACGGAUGUUCUUGAGACGGGUUGGGAUAUCCUGUUCUUCUGGGUCGCUCGAAUGAUCAUGCUUGGUAUUAAGUUGACUGGCAAGGUUCCUUUCAGGGAGGUCUACUGCCACUCUUUGAUCCGAGAUUCUGAAGGCCGAAAGAUGUCUAAAUCCUUGGGCAAUGUCAUCGAUCCUCUGGAUGUUAUGGAAGGCAUUGAGCUUCAGAAACUGCAUGACAAGCUCCUCACCGGUAACCUUGCUGAGAAGGAAAUCGCCACCGCUACUAAGUACCAGAAGAAGGCCUUCCCCAAGGGUAUUCCCGAGUGCGGCGCAGAUGCUUUGCGUUUCUCGCUGGUGGCCUACACCACUGGUGGUGGUGACAUUGCAUUCGAUGUGCUGGUGAUUCACGGAUACCGACGAUUCUGUAAUAAGAUUUACCAGGCUACCAAGUACGUGCUUGGCAAGCUGGGCGACGACUUCAAGCCUCUGGACGUCCCCUCCAAGACCGGCCGCGAAUCUCUUGCCGAACGGUGGAUUCUUCACAAGUUCAACACUGCUGCCAAGGAAGCCAAUGAGGCUCUUGAGGCCCGUGAGUUUUCCGUUGCGGCGUCUACUAUUUACCAGUACUGGUACAGCCAGCUCUGCGACGUGUUUAUUGAGAACUCGAAGUCCUUGCUGCAGCCCGAUGCUCCAGCUGAGGUACAAGAGUCUGCUAAGCAGACUCUGUACACUGUUCUCGAUGGAGCCUUGACUCUGAUCCACCCGAUCAUGCCCUUCGUCACCGAGGAACUCUGGCAGCGUCUCCCCCGCCGACCAGGCGAUAAGACGGAGUCCAUCAUGUAUGCCAGAUAUCCCGAAUACAACCCGGCAUUCGACGACAAGGCUGCUGAGACCGCUUACGAGCUGGUCCUCAACACGUCCAAGGCCAUCCGCUCCAUCCUGGCCCAGUUCGACAUCAAGACAAAGGGCGAUAUUAUCAUCCAGGCCCACGACCCGAUCAGUCACCAGACCAUCUCGGAGGAGGUCACCAGCAUCAAGUCGCUGGGUGGCAAGUACGUGGGGGAGAUCACGGUGUUCGGCCCCGAGAACAAGACUCGUCCUUCGGGAUGCGUCGUGUCCCCCGUUGGUGCUGAAGCUGCUGUCUACCUCAAGGUGUCGAAGGAAGUUGCUCUGGAGCAGGAAGAGAAGGCGAAGAUCAACCUUCAAAAGGCACAGGAGGCCAUCCGCAAGCAGCAGAGCAUUAUCAACGCCCCUGGCUGGCGCGAAAAGGUCAAGCCCGAAGUGCAGGCGUCAGAGGAGAAGAAGCUCCGGGACGCCGAGAGCGAAGCUGCGCUCAUUGAGGAACAGAUCCGUGAAUUGGAGAGGCUGCGCCUUGAGGCCUAG